GCCAGGAUGGCGGACAAUGUCGCGCUCACAGUCGACAAACUCCGACGGCUGCUUGCACUCCAUCCGCGUCUCUUUAUUCUUGGCUCGAGCGCGUUAGCUGCCCUGUUGCUCGCGCUUCGACUGCGCUUCACUUCGAGCAAGGGCAAGAAGAGGGGCGGCUACGUGUCGAACUUGGCCAGCGUCGCGGAUAAGAAAUACGAUGUUAUCAUUGUUGGUGGAGGUACUUCUGGAUGCGUACUUGCUGCCAGGCUGAGUGAAGACCCAAAUAUCAGCGUUCUGCUGCUUGAGGCUGGCGGAAGUGGAAGCGCUCUCCCGCUCAGCCGCGUGCCCUCGGGCUUUGGGCAGCUCUUCUGGACAAAACAUGUCUUUGGCUUCCGCACGGAGCCUCAAGUACACGCAAAGGGUCAACAACGCUUCUUCCCUCGAGCUAAAAUGCUCGGCGGAUGCAGCAGUAUCAACGCUCAAAUGGCACAGUACGGGGCACCUGGUGACUUUGACGAGUGGGCCUCCCUUAUGGGCGACGACUCGUGGUCAUGGAGCAAUAUCCAAAAGUCGUUUCAAAAACUCGAGCGCUACGUGCCUGACAAAAAUUACCCUGCCGUCAAGACGGCGGAGCGCGGAAACAAGGGCCCUGUGAGGGUCGGUUACUUCAAUACUGUGUCAGAACAUUCGAAGGCCUUCAUAACUGCUUGCACGCAAGUAGGGAUUCCGCGAAUCGCGGACUUCAAUACGUCUAAGGGGCCCAUUGGAGCAAGCCGGGUACUGACCUACGUGGACGAGAAUGGCCGGCGCGUUUCCUCAGAAACAGCAUACUUAACGCCUGAAGUUCUUGCUCGCCCUAACCUAACAGUCGCCAUAAAUGCGACCGUAACCAAAAUUAUAUUUGACAAGCGCGGCGCAACUCCACGAGCAGUCGGUGUUGAAUUCGCUCAAGGCAAGAACGCACCACGAUAUCGUGCCCGUGCUGGUAAAGAGGUGGUAUUAUCUGCGGGUGCAAUCCAUUCUCCUCAUAUUUUGAUGCUUUCUGGCGUCGGUCCAGCCAAGCAACUCGAACAACACGGCAUCCCGCUCGUACUCGAUGUUCCUGGCGUUGGUGACAAUCUCGUUGACCAUCCUGUUGUGGAUAUGUACUUCAAAGACAAGCUCGACGACUCUGUUCUCACACUGCGCCCGAAGACGCUAACAGCAUUUCCCAAACUCUUUGCGGCGAUCGCACAAUACCAGAUUUGGGGAACGGGCAAGCUUGCUACAAAUUUUGGCGAGUCCGCUGCUUUUGUGAGAUCUGACGACCCGCGUCUGUUCCCGUCAACGGAGUUCCCGCAAAUUUUGGAGGACAGCACGUCCGGAACCUCGAGUCCUGAUUUGGAGCUAUUCUGUACGCCACUCGCGUACAAAGAGCACGGAAAGGUUAUGUUCAGCAUGCACACGUAUGCGUUGCAUUGUUAUCUUGUCCGACCAACCAGUCGAGGCUCCGUUUUACUAAAAUCUGCCGAUCCAUGGACGUUGCCGAGCGUUAACCCCAAUUACUUCCAAAACCCAGACGAUUUCGAGAAGUUAUACCGCGGGUUUCGCCUCCUGCUCAAAAUCGCGCAUGCGAAGGCGAUGGACACCUACCUGGACCACACCAAUAAGGACUCUCAAUUGGACCACGCACUUCAUACCAAACCCGACGACGAAAUUCGGGAGGUGGUCAAGGAUCGGGUCGAGACUGUGUACCACCCAACGAGCACGUGCCGUAUGGCGCCGAAGGACGUCGGCGGCGUUGUGGACAACAAACUGAGAGUGUAUGGGAUUGAUGGCUUGAGGGUGUGUGACGCGUCGAUAUUCCCGUGGAUUAUCUCGGGCCAUACGGCUGGCGCGUGUUUCGCCAUUGGAGAAAAGUUUGCGGACGAUUUGAAGAAGGAAUUAAGGAACUAA